GUUCUCUCCAGAAGUUGUUGUUCUUUAGUUCUCACUCUGUCCGUGCAGCAAACUUCAACUCUUGUCACUCGUCAUGAUGAUGAUUCGGACCCUUUCACCGUUCAUUUUCCUCACCGUAGUCUGCUGUUACGCAGAGGAGGGGAUGAGUAAAAAUAAAAUUUGUGCGAAUGUGUUCUGUGGAGCUGGGAGAGAAUGUGCAAUAUCAGAGAAAGGAGAACCCACCUGCCUGUGCAUAGAGCAAUGUAAAACCCAUAAGCGUCAAGUUUGUGGCAGUAAUGGGAAGACGUACUGGAAUCAUUGUGAGCUGCAUCGUGAUGCUUGUCUCACUGGACUCAAAGUACAUUUCGCCCAUGAUGGACAUUGUGAAAAGAAAAAAAUGGAAAAGUUCACCUACAGCCCAAUUGUUUGUUACCUGGCGGACCGUAAUGAGUUGAGAAGUCGUGUGAUUGAAUGGCUGCAGUCAGAGGUGGAACCUGACGGCUGGUUUUCUAAAGGAUCCAACUUCUCAGAUGUCCUACUCAAAUACUUCCAGAACUAUGAUAAUGGAGACGCUCAGCUGGACUCCACAGAAUUCCUGAAGUUCAUUCAGCACAAUGAGACUGCCAUCAAUAUCACUUCUCCUUACAUUGAAGAGGAAAACAACAGUCUGCUCAGAAGUCUGUGUGUGGAUGCUCUUAUUGAGCUGACUGAUGAGAAUGCUGACUGGAAACUGAGCUUUGAUGAGUUUCUCAACUGCCUCAGGCCUGGAUUCAACCCUCUAGAGAGAAAGUGUGCCUUGGAGGAUGAGACGUACGAGGAUGGGGCUGAGACUCAGAUGGAGUGUAAUCGCUGCGUUUGUGCCUGCGGAAACUGGGUCUGCACUGCUGUAACCUGUGAUGGAUCAAAUAAGUUACAUGCUCUUGAAGAAAUUGAGGGAAAUGAUCAGGAGAUGACAGAAGAGGAGUGGACACAGCGAGUGGCCGAACUCAUUAAACUUCAGGAUACUGUGGAGAGGAUGAAAGUGACCACUAAGUCUGAAUAGAAUGGAGUAAUCCAAACUGAAAAACAAAAAGAGGAAGAGAGCAGGGCAAAACAUUUGUCAAAAUUUCAGCUUCAGUUUACUAGUGUUUGAAUUCUAUGGAAAACUAAAAAAAUGACUUCUUUUUUUUCCAUUUUAGUUUAUUGCAUUAAUUAUUGCAGUUCUCAGAAGUGUAUUCUGUUAUAUAUUUUUUAUAUAUAUUUUUUAUUUGUUUGGGGGAUAUUAUAAGACUUUAUGUUUUGUACCUGUUGUUAUAUUUUUUUUUUUUUAUGCAUUUAGUGUAAUUUUAUUGUUUUUGUGUACAGAGUGUUAAAGACAAAAAGUGUUGGCCAAAAAUCAGUUCAUCAAAACACAUGACAUGUUUGAUUCCACAAUGUAUGUAUGACAUUCUCCACCAACCACAAAUUAGACUGGCCAGUAAUGACGUAGCUUCAACUUUGGUUUUUAAACUGAAAGAACGAAAUGGCUCAAAAAAUCUAGAUACUAAGCUUUAAGGUUUAUCUAGAUAAAAAUCUAGAUACUUUCUCCAUAAUAUUUUAAAUAAUGUCUGAUAUCAUUGUUUUACAAAGUGUGCAACAUAUACAGCACAUAUCUUAGGGUUUCAUGACCCAUAAAUAACUGGUCACAAUCAUGACAGUUGACUGCAGCAAACAUCAGAGAGUGAAAGUGGCCAGAUUGAAGAAUGAAUCUUUCUUAGUUAAAACUUCAAAAUGUAUUCUUUCUGCACCGAUAAAAUAAACUACAUGCUGUUUAAAGUAAAAACUUAAACUGAACAAGAAAUGGAAAAUCUAAGUGUUUUGCAUUGGAACUUUGAUAUUCUGAUGUGUAAGGACUGAUCGACUAUAUUUUAAAUAAUAUGUCACUGCCAUGUAGUUUUGGUGCCUUGACAUCUAAUUUCUUUACCUUUUGAAGUGCCAAAAUUGGUUGCUAUUUUUUCCAGUUUACAGAUUGAACUGCGAAUGUUCCUAAUGACAGAAUAUAUUUCUGUACUGCUUUUGAAUUACAGGCAGAAAACUGUGUGAACAAGGAACUGUGUUACAAGUAAAACUAUUUAGUGACCAGAUUAACAAAAAAAUGUCUUAAGUUAGAAAAUAAGAAGAAAAUAGUAAUUAAAGCUAUAG